UAAUGUAAAACAACAUGCUUGAAGAUCUCAAAAAUAUUAUGAAAGAAGGCUGGUUAGAAAAAGAAUCUCGUGUAUUUAAAUCUUGGAGAAAGUAUUCUAUAUUAUUUAUUCAUUUCAGACGAUGGUUUGUUUUAACAACAACAACCUUGUAUACAUUCAAGGCAGAAAAAUAAUAUAGUAAUCCAACAGAGCUUAUUCCUUUAUCAACUAUAAGUACAAUUAAAUCAUGUUAAGAAGAAACAAACAAAGAAAAUACAUUUGUAUAUUUGUAAAUAAAAUUAGAAAAUUGAUACACCAGAAACAACUUUCUUUUUGAUGUCAAAUAACAAUCAAGAGAAGGAAGCAUGGAUUGGAGCCAUUGGUAAAGCUAUGGUUAAAUUGCAUAUGAAGAAAAAUUAAAAAGAUGAUGAUUUUGAUUGA